CACACCUCUCUCUCUCCCCACAACACCAGAGCCACAGCAAUAUCAUCUCUUCCACAUCUCAAUCCAACAAAAUCAUAUAAAACCACCCAAACACACCCACAAAAAAUUCCAUUCCCAAAAGAAAAUCUCAAUUCUACCCUCACCAAUCUCAUCAAAUCACACUCAUGCCGAGGAAAGGAAUGAGGAGUCUCUUCUUCUCCCACCAUUCCUCAAAAUCUCCUUCCUCUUCCAUCCCCUCCUCUCCUUCACAUACUCGGCCCUCCUCCCCUUCUUACUCCCAUACACGGGCCUCUUCCCCAUCCCCUUCUUACUCCCAUACACGGCCCUCUUCCCCAUCCCCAUCUUACUCACAUAGUCGUCCCUCCUCCCCAUAUUACUCCCAUACUCGACCCUCCUCCCCUCUCCACCCCACCUUCUCAGAAUCGAUAAUGGAAGAAAACAUCGCCACCGCUGAAGCCAUCAUCACCAAGUGGGACCCAGAGUCAUCUUCCUACUCUAAAAUCACAUCCCUUUUCUACGAAAACCGCCUCGAAGCGUUAGAAUUCCUACGAUCAGUACGAGGCCUCCAACGAUCCAUGCAUUUCUAUGUGAACCAAAAAUCCAUCUCUCCGAAGCUUGUCCAUGCUCAGAAUCUCAUGCAGACCGCCAUGAAACGCCUCGAGAAGGAAUUCUAUCAGAUCCUGGCCGCUAAUCGUGAACAGCUGGACCCAGAAUCAGUAUCCAGCCGUAGCUCAACGGCAACAAGGUCAACAGUUUCAGAUUACGAAGAUGAUGUGGGAUCUGAGGAUGAGAUCCAGAUUGCUGGGAACUCAAUCCAGGAAGUCGAACAUGAAGCUUCUAUCGCCAUGUCAGACCUCCGUGCCAUCGCCGAAUGCAUGAUCUCAACUGGGUAUGGCAAGGAAUGCGUGAAGAUUUACAAAAUCAUUAGAAAAUCAAUCAUCGAUGAAGGAAUCUAUCGGCUCGGGUUUGAACGGAUGAGUUCAAACCAUAUCCAGAAAAUGGACUGGGAAGCCUUAGAACACAAGAUCAAGAACUGGGUCAACACGACUAAGAUCACCAUUAAAACUCUCUUCUAUGGCGAACGGAUCCUAUGCGAUCGUGUCUUCGCAGCCUCAAACACAAUCAAGGAAUCCUGCUUUGCUGAGAUCGCCAAAGAGGCUGCAACCCACCUCUUCGCAUUCCCAGAAGCAAUUGCAAAAUGCAAGAAAUCACCAGAGAGGAUGUUCCGAUUCUUGGAUCUCUACAACACGAUAUCUGAACUGUGGCCUGAGAUAGAAUCCAUCUUCUCUUAUGAAUCGACAUCCACCGUCCGAACACAGGCCAUCAACUCUCUAAUAAAACUCAGCGAUGGAAUCCGAACCAUGUUAGCCGAUUUCGAAUCAGCAAUACAAAAGGAUACGAAAAGAUCGCCAGUUCCAGGUGGCGGACUCCACCCGUUGACACGUUAUGUGAUGAAUUAUGUAGGAUUCCUCAGCGACUACAGCGAAAUCCUCGGUGAUAUCUUCGCCGACUAUCCAUUCCAAGUGCAGAGUCCGUUACCAGAGACAUUGCUUGAAAAUUCACCAACAGCGGAGAAUCCGCUGUCGGCGAUCUCCACCCGCCUUGAAUGGCUGAUCUUGGUUCUCCUUUGCAAGCUCGACGGAAAAGCCGAGCUCUACAAAGACGUUGGAUUGUCGUAUCUCUUCCUUGCAAACAAUCUACAGUAUGUAACAUCGAAGGUACGCGGCUGUGAUCUACAGUUCAUACUCGGUGAUGAGUGGAUUUCCAAGCAUGAGUUUAAAGUCCAUCAGUACGUGGCGAAUUACGAGCGGAUGGCGUGGAGUAAGGUGGGGUCCACAUUGCCGGCGAAUCCGACGGCUGAGAUGGAACCCCAGAUGGUGAAAGAGCGGUUCCGGGAGUUCAAUUCGGCCUUCGAAGCUGCAUGCCGGGUCCAGUCUGGGUGGGUCGUGCCGGACGAGAAAUUAAGGGAGGAGAUUAAAAGAUCGGUGGGCCAGAUGAUUGUGCCGGUUUAUAGAGCGUUUUAUGGAAAGUAUCGGUUUUUGCUGAGAGGUGAGAGUAGCAAUUUGGCGAGAUUUGCACCGGAAGAUUUGGACAAUCAUAUAUCGAAUUUGUUUUAUGGGAAUGGAGUUUCGGGUUCUGUGUCGGUAUCGGUUUUGUCGCGGUGAGAGGUACUUUUAUACCGUUUUGUAUACGUGUAUGUAUUUUAUGUAGACUUGUAUGAUAAAUACACGGAAGGUCGGCGAUUCCAGAGAAGGAAUUGGCGAUGUGAAAUGUAAGAGUCGGCCAGGUUUUGUGGAGUUUGGUGGGAUGAAUCGAAAAUUCAAUUAUAUUUAUUUCUUUGUUUAUUGAA